AUGGAAGUAACAUUCAAUCUUUGCAAUGAAGUUCUGAAGAAGUUCUAUGGUAAACCAGAGGACGUGUACCCACUAUAUCUGGUUAUGAGUGUUCUUAAUGGCGUUCUCUCUUUCACCUCGGUUUUAGGAAAUAUAAGUAUAAUCUUCGCGUUAAAGAAAACUUCAUCAAUUCCUUUGUCAACGCGAAUUCUAUUACAGUGUUUAGCGCUAACAGAUCUCGCCACUGGUUUCCUGGGCCAUCCUCUUUACAUCGCUGUCAUGUCAGAAAUUCGGCAAGAGUAUAGUUGUGAGAAUAUCCAUGUAAUACUAUUUUCAUUUUUCAUGAUAGAAGGUUUGUUACUUUCCGCAUCAUUCACAACAGUGACUUUAAUGGGAGUGGAUCGGUUUCUGGCAAUUUUCUUGCAUCUUAGAUACAACGAACUAGUAACUCCAAAGCGAAUGGUCACCGUAGUACUUGCGUCGUGGAUUUUCGGACUAGCUACCACUAUCAUCUCUGUCUUCUGGUAUUUUAAGGCUGGGGAGACACUUUUGCUAAUUUUUGGUUAUAGCUGUACGCUUUUACUUAGCAUCAUAUACAUUAAACUUUUUUCCGUCGCUCGUCAGCACGCAAGCAUAAACAGCCAAGCGCAGGUGGCAAUACAUUUGUCAAGUUUCACAAGCAUGGCUCGGAGCAAAAACUUGGCCAUCAAAACAUUUUAUGUAUAUGUUGUAUUUUUGCUGUGUUAUUGUCCUUAUUUAAUCGUCUUAACUGUGUUGUUUGUUAGUUCACGGCCGAGUACAACGAUGAAGGGAGCUGUUCAACUUACAACAGUUUUAAUGAUGCUCAAUUCAUCGUUAAACCCUCUGGUGUUAGGUUGGAAAAUGAGGGAAGUUCGUCAAAACGUUAAGAAUUAUUUUAAAAGUUAUUUU